AUGGUAGGUGCAUGCUGCAGAGCAGCACCACCCAUUUCCCAUCUUCCAUUGCCAAAUCCCAAAACUAACAAAUUACAGAACUUUCAGCACACUAAAUCAUCACCUCCACCAUCCCUUUCCAUGUCUCAAUUUCCAAAUAGACGCUUGUUCCUUUUCUCUCUUCCCCUCUCAAGUCUCAUUUUCCUCCCUUUCCCUGCAUUUUCUGAAGAUAACAGUGUAAUUGCCACAGAAUAUGAUCCAGUAACUCUUUCUGAAAGAGAUGCCAGUGCUUUAAUCUCACAGAGAGUUUCUAGAGGCGUUGAGUUGUUGGAGAAAGGUAGGGAAUUGCAAGCUCUCGGCGACUUCAACGGGGCUCUUCAAUACUUUUCUCAGGUGAUUGAAAGCUACAAAGACUUGGCAUUCUCAGAGUAUGCAAGAGUAGGAAGAGCACUGGCCCUAUAUGAAGUUGGUGACAGAGAAGAAGCAAUUGCAGAGAUGGAAGACGUUUCAAUAUCCCUAAAGGGGUAUCCAGAAGUACAUGCAGCUCUUGCAGCAGCGUUAUACUCGGACAAGCAUGCGGCAUUGCUUGCUGAAAACCAGUUUACAAUUGCAACUCUUCUUGAUCCUCACUUUACGGAUCUUUCAUAUGUUAGAGACACGAAGCACUGGCCUCCAAGUUUGAUUAGUUCUCUGCAGCAUUUCAUUACAUUAUCUUAA